GCGUCGAUUGGCAUUGCGGUCCAGCAUCCGAGGCGGGAUCGACGUCUCCGGUUUUAUCAUCGACAGGCUUCACGCACGAUUCACCGUAAAGUGGGGAUCGAUCCUAUAUAGCGGGGAAAUUCGUCUCCCCGCCGGCAAAAGUGCAAAAGACGCCGUGUGACCUGUCUGUCGUUCUCGUUUCCGUCGGAAGUGCCAUCAUUUUGCGUGGGAUCGUCAGAACGGCCUAAGGAUGAAGUUAUGGCUGGUUCUUCUAUCGAUAAUGCUAACCGCGACCGUCGGUGAAAUGAGGUAUGAACCUUUCACCGAGAAAUCAGGAUCCUGCCCACCGCCUCUGCCAGUUCAAAUCUGCAGCCAGUCCUGUUUCACCGAUGGCCAUUGUUUAGGAAUCGGCAAGUGCUGUCCGACUAUUUGCGGAGGAACUGUCUGUUCGAAGCCUGUAACGAUGCGAGCAGAAAAUCCACGAGAGAAGGCAGGAUAUUGUCCAGCAGUGCCGAAAGGACGAUGGGUAUGCUCGCCGACUUGCAACAUUGACAGCGAUUGCAGAGGAUCGCUGAAGUGCUGCAGAAAUCGUUGCGGUGCUCUGACCUGCCAGAAACCGGAUCUCGAGGUGCUCGAAUCCGACGAGCUCCCGGAAGAUUCGAACAUCUUUAGGAACCCUUACGAAAACCGCAGAAGCCUAGUAGACGCCUAUCCCUUUUACGAUAAUCCUUUAUAAUAAUUAACAAGGAUAGAUAAAAAUUUUGUUAAUUGAACAUCGAGAAUUUUAUUCGUUUA